AUGCAAGCGGCAAAAGAUGAGGCUGCUCCCGCACAAAUAGAUGAAGACUCAAAUACUGAGGAGGAGGAGGAGGAGGCUGAAGUUCCCACUGACGCUGCCAGUGAGACAGAUGUGCAUGAGGAAGAGGAAGAUGAUGUGAAACAUGUCGACCUCGAAGAAACAGAACAAAAGCUACCAUUGGAAGAUGAGGCCGUCAUUGAUAAUGAUGAGGAGGAGGAAGAGACAGAGGAGAAGGAAGCACAGGUGAAGGAGGAGGAGAUUGUAGAGGGGGAAGGCGAAGAAAAGGCUGACGACUUAAAAGCAGUGGAAGAUGAAGGAGAACAAGAGAACAUGAAUACAGUGAUGGUUGACAACAAAGAGGAGGAGAAGCAGGAGGAACCAAAAACAGAGGAAGUGGUAGAGGAUGAAGAUGAGGAGGAGGAGGACGAAGAGGAAGUCAAAACUGAAACUUUGGAAGUAGAGGAGGAGGCCAAAACUGAGGAUUUGGAAGAUGAUGAAGAGGAGGCCAAAACUGUAGAUUUGGAAGAUGAUGAAGAAGAGGAGGCCAAAAAUGAAGAUUUGGAAGAAGAGACCAAAACUGAAGUUCUGGAAGACAGGGGGGAGGCGAACACUGAAAUUCUAGAAGAAGAAGAGGCAAAAACUGAAGUUCUGGAAGGAGAGGAGGACGAGGGGGCCAAGACUGAAGUUCUAGAAGAUGAGGGAGGGACCAAAACUGAUGUUCUGGAAGAAGAGGAGGAGGCCGAAACUGAAGUUCUGAAAGAAGAAGAGGAGUCAAAAACUGAAGAUUUGGAAGAUGAUGAAGAGGAGGCCAAAAAUGAAGAUUUAGAAGAUGAUGAAGAGGAGGAGGCCAAAAAUGAAGAUUUGGAAGAAGAGACCAAAACUGAAGUUCUGGAAGAAGAAGAGGAGUCAAAAACUGAAGAUUCGGAAGAAGAAGAUGAGGAGGAGGAGAAGGCCAAAACUAACAUUUUGGAGGAAGAAGUGGAGGAGGAGGCCAAAACUGAAGAUUUGUUAGAAGAUGAAGAGGAGGAGGCAAAUAAUACAAAAACUGAGGAGCUUCCAGAAGAAGCUGGAGAGGUAGAGAAGGAGGAGGAGGAGGAUGAGGAGGAGGAGAAGAGCAAAACUAAGCAAGAUUUAGUGGAAGAUGAGGAGGAAAUAAUUGAAAAAGACACUAAAGAGGAGGAAACUGUAAAUAUUGAUCUGCAUGAGGAUGAAGAUAGAGAUGAAGAAAACAUUGAUUUAAUGAACACUAAGCUAGAAAUAGAAGGCGAUGAAGCUCCAGAGGAGGAAGGAGAUAAGCAUGACGAAACAGAAGCUGAGGACGAAGAUCCUAAAACUCUGUCGGCUGAAAAACUCAGCAACGUCAGCGUUGUACCUGAAUCCGAUGAUGAAGACGAUAGCACUUUUCCUUCUGGCCAUGAGGAAGACAAAUACUCCGACGUCAUCGACGACGAAAACAGUGAGAAGAGUAAAGCUGAAGCUAAAGGAAGGAGGAAACAUCUCGUUUCCUUUGAGAGGAUCCGAGGAGUCCGAUCCAGAGCUGCUCACAAAGACGAAGAGCAACUCCACAAACAUGACAAAGUUGGCCUAGAGUAA